UGUUUCCAUUUUUUGACUUUUGAGUUGAUAUGACAUGACUUUAACCUUGAUUAUCAUAUCUAAACCUUAUAAAGCUAUAAUCUGGUCAAUAAAAUGAAUUUUAUUUGGUGAAAUGUUACAGGCAAUCGUUACAAAGUUACCCAACUCAGUCACUCAACGUUUAAUCGCAACAUACUACCGAGUGAACUCUUUGAGAGUUAACGGUCUGAGGAAUAGUCACAGUGCUCAAAACAGUAUCAGGUUUGAAAAAAUGAAGAUCCGCAUUUUACCGGCACUGUCCGACAAUUACAUGUAUCUCAUUAUCGAUGAGAAAACAAAGCAGGCGGCGAUUGUCGAUCCUGUUUCGCCCGAUACGGUUUUGCAAGCUGUCGACGAGGAGGGUGUUAAUUUAACAAAGGUUCUCACGACCCAUCACCACUGGGAUCAUGCCGGAGGCAACGAAGAACUGGUCAGUAAAUCCAAAAAUGCCCUGCAAAUUUUCGGCGGCGAUCAGCGCAUUAAUGCACUAACAAAUCGCGUCAAACACGGUGACAAGUUUACAAUCGGCGACAUUAACGUCGAAUGCCUCUACACCCCUUGCCAUACGACGGGCCACAUAUGCUACUAUCUGACGGCAGAGGGCCAAACACCCGCCGUUUUUACGGGCGAUACUUUAUUCAUCGGCGGUUGCGGUCGAUUCUUCGAGGGAACCGCAGAGCAGAUGUACGCCGCCUUGGUAACGCUACUCGGCACUUUGCCCGAUAAUACUCGAGUGUUCUGUGGGCAUGAGUACACCGUGCAAAAUCUGAAGUUCGCAGAGCACGUGGAGAAGGAGAAUAAGGAUAUACAGAGCAAGCUUCAGUGGGCGAUUGAUCAACGUCAACGAGGAUUACCCACGGUGCCCUCGACGAUUGCCGAAGAAAAACUGAUAAACCCGUUCAUGCGAGUUGAAACGCCGCACGUUCAGAAACACAGCGGUGCGGCCGAAGCGAUCGCAGUAAUGGCUUCUAUUCGAAAGGAAAAGGAUUCGUUUAAAGCGACAUAAAUAAUAAAAUGUGUACAGUUCAUUUUUUCAUAUUAUAUUCGGACAUUUCCACAGCA